CUGAAAUGUAUUGACUUUUACAUGAGAAUCGUAUUUUUGGAGCUUGACAUCACGUAGACGACGAACCAACAAACGGAUCCACCUUGUUCUGAUAUACAAACCCUUGUAUUCCUUGCUCCACCCUCUUUUUCAAACAUUGACCACUUUUUGUUUAUUCGUCUGAGUGUGUUGCAAACAUGAGACGAUGUGAGCACAUUAGCAAAGAUACUUUUGGGGAUUAACCGCUUCAAGCAAAGUAUUGGAAGAUGGCAGCAAUCCUGCAAGGUUACCUGCUAACUCUUUUGUUCAGACUGUGCGUUUAAAACGAAGUGAUGCGUGAACAGAUUCAACAAUUUGGGCUCUGUGAACUUUACCAGGGGGUGACGUGAUCCUACAGGGGAACCAAUUUCUCUUCGCUCCUCCUCUUUGGAGAACAUAGGUGCAGGUUUGCGUGCAGGAGAACAAGGAGGCUCUUCAGACCUGCUUUAUGUUAAGCCCAUAGUAGUUGACACGAGGUUUUUCUGCAGAUAAAGCGGGGUGUGACUUGAAACAAAACACACAUUUUUGAUCCCCAUUGAGGGAUCCUUGCCCAUGGGUGGAGGCCAUAAAAGAGAUUUGGCACAAAGUAUUGCUUUUCUAAUAUCAACGGAAAGGUGAUUUACCUGUUGGACACGCCUCCGCUGCUCGGGUGGAACAAAUAGCGGCUCUCGUGGGCUUUUCCUCAUACGCUGGGAUGGUGUAAAGGUCAUGUGGCAAUGGACUGAUGGAAAUAGACGGUGGGUUUUGGACUUGAUUUAAUUUGCCAUGUGAAUAGCUCGGUUUUGUGAAGUCAACAUGGAGAUGGCGAAGGAUGGAGGAGCCAUGUGGUCUUCUCCAGGACCCUCAUCUGCUCCCUCCAGCUCCUCCUGCCACAGGAGUGUCCUCGUAUUCUGCCUCCUCUUCUUCCUCAUCGCCGGAGUCUUUGUGGGACUGCUUAUCGCGUAUCUCAUGGAGGAGGAGCAUUACUUCAUGGAGACAGUUGAGCUGAAGGGUCUCAAGCAUGAUCCAUCGCUACAGGAUCAGAACUCGGGUUUCUCCAUCGUACUGACAUCUGUACUAAUUUCGAAGAUCAAUCACGUUUUCGCUUCCUCAUCAAUAUCCCGUCACUAUGUUGACUGUAACGUGAUUGCCUUUGGCGACAUGAACGGUGAUGUGAUGGCAACAUUCAGGCUGGUCUUCACGGUUUCCAAAUUCCAGCAGUAUUCAGAAAACUUCAUCCAGGACCUGCUGAGGGCCGGGCUGACCUCAGUGAUGCACGGGAAUCCACUGGAAGUGCCUCAGUUCGGACACAUCAACGCUAUCAUCUUACUGGGUGCUAGUGGGAAGUCAUUUUAUAGUAUCGGAGAGGAUUUGCUGGGUGAGGAUAGUUGUCCUGAAAGCGCCUUCAACUGUGACAACGGAGAAUGCAUCACCAAGUUAAACCCGGAGUGUGACUUUGUAAAGGACUGUGCAGAUGGAUCUGAUGAAGCUCGCUGUGGCUGUGGGAUGCGUAGCGCCUCGGCGAACCGCAUCGUGGGCGGCGAAGAUGCCCAACAGGGAGAGCUGCCGUGGCAGGUCAGUCUCAGGCUACAGGGACAGCAUACGUGUGGAGCGGCCAUCAUCAGUGAAAGGUGGCUCGUCAGUGCGGCACACUGCUUUGAAACGGCCAACAACCCCAAAGAGUGGACAGCCCUGGUGGGGGCCAGUCUGGUGAGUGGGGAGGAGUCCGAGUCCAAAACAAUAAACAUCAAAACCCUGACAGUUUCUCCAGACUACGACCCCACGACCAGUGACACUGAUGUGGCCGUGCUGGAGCUGGAAAGCCCUCUCACCUUCAACCCCUACAUCCAGCCUGCCUGUCUACCAGCCCUGUCUCACGUCUUCACACCCGGCCAGAGAUGCGUGGUGUCACGGUGGGGAUCCCUGCACCAGUUUAGUGCUAAGAUGCCUUCCACGCUCCAGAAGGCCGUGGUGAAAAUCAUCGACUCCAAGGUGUGCAGUAAACUGCCCGUGUACAGAGGAGCAAUCACAUCCAACAUGAUGUGUGCUGGAUUCCUGCAGGGCAAGGUGGACUCUUGCCAGGGUGAUUCUGGGGGGCCUUUGGUGUGCGAGGGUGCCCCAGGGAGGUUUUUCCUGGCUGGGGUGGUGAGUUGGGGUAUAGGCUGCGCCCAGAUUUACAGGCCUGGGGUUUACUCGCGGGUCACCAAGCUCCGCGGCUGGAUUCUUAGUCAUGUGGACCCCAGCUUGGCUCAUUACUCUGCCAAGCAUGAGCUCACCGUGCCAGUCACUGCUCCAGCUGUGAGUGCUCAUAAUCUUCCAUUUCCCAGGACAGUCGGCAUGGAUGUUGAAUCUGCCCCAACAGACCUUCAUGCCUCUAACUGCAGUGGCAACUUCCAGUGCAGUGCCACUUCUUGCAUCGACAAGUUAAAUCCAGAAUGUGACAAAGUCCCUGACUGCCCCAACCAAGCUGAUGAGAGAAACUGCGACUGCGGUGAGCGUCCGGCGUGGGGCUCCAACAGGAUUGUGGGGGGCAUCGCGGCUCGCAGGGGGGAGUGGCCUUGGAUCGGCAGCCUUCAGUACCAGAGACUCCAUCAUUGUGGCGCCACGUUGGUUCACAGAAAAUGGUUACUGACUGCCGCACACUGCUUCAAAAGUGACCCCAGCCCCACCCAUUGGGCAGUGAGCCUGGGAUCCGUGCUGCGCUCCGGUGGGGGCACCGUGGUCAUUCCCAUCCAGCGGGUCAUCAUUCACCCAGCUUUCAACGGCACCAGCAUGGACCACGAUGUGGCCCUGCUGGAGCUGUUCAUCCCAGCCCCCAUGUCACACACCAUCCAGUCCAUCUGUUUACCAUCACCAGUCCACCACUUCUUGAAGGAUGCAGAGUGCUACAUCUCAGGAUGGGGAUCCAUGAGGGAAGGAGGUUCACUGAGCAAUCUGCUGCAAAAAUCACCGGUGAGCACCAUCGAGCAGGCGUACUGCCAGGAGUCGUACGGCGACAACCUGACGCCUCGCAUGAUGUGUGCUGGUUACAUGGAAGGUGGCCGGGACACUUGUUUGGGAGACUCUGGGGGUCCAUUGACCUGUCGUGAAGGCACUGGGCGGUGGUUCGUCGCCGGGGUUACCAGCUGGGGACACGGAUGCGGUCGAGCGGGUUUCCCGGGGAUUUACACUCGAGUGACUUCUGUACAGAAUUGGAUAUCCUCGUACCUGCCUUUCUGAAGUUAGUAAGGCUAAAGCACAGCAGGCUCAAGCGACAACAAGCCAAGAGGACAGUGGAAUUUUUUAUUUGGUCACCUGACCUGCCAUUACACUCGUGCUCAUUCACUGCAGUAUUGACUUGUGUGGCCUUGUAGGGUCAUGGGUGCUGUUUGUAACCCUGUGCAAUCAUCUCAACUUCACUGGACCAUCCUCUCUCUCAACAUGUACUGAACAUACAAGGGCAAUCUUCAAGUAUUGAUUGGAGACAAUGGGAAAGCAAACUAUUGUGUAUUUAUUCCCGCUUAAUACACUCACUGGACACGACAAUAGAUGCACCCAUCUGCAGGGUAGUUUACACCACUGCAGACAUUUGUUUUAAUUAAUACCCGUCUGAUAGCACCCACCAAAACGGAACAUUUGUUUUUGGUAAAUUAAGCUGCAAAUGCACAUGAUGUUGAGAGCAGUGAGUUACCCAUUAAAUAUGCAAUACUGGAGUUUUAAAAGAUGACACCAGCACCACUCGUACAAGGAAAGGUUGGAUUUUAUAAGACUGGAUCAAAUAUGACCAAAUAAGGCAUUAUACAUUUCAUGAAUUUAGAAUGGCCCAGCAAUAACUGCAAUCAUUUUUUUCCUUCGCUCAUCUUAAGUUAUCCCAACUUUAUCCAACACACAAAAUACGAACUCUGCUCCACUGUCAUUAUACAAAAUGUCUUUCAAACUUUUAGUGAUGGUGCAAUACAUUUUUAAAUUGCUUUUCUUUCAAUUCAUUUAAUCUAUAGCUGUGCUCUUUGACUUGGUGUGAUUCAAGGAUAUUAUGGGAUAUCGAAUACGGUUUAUCUGUGGGUGACUUGUCCCUAGCAGUUAAGUAGCAAAAAUUGAAUUGCCAUUUAAUUGCCUGGAAUGUAUAGUUGUGGGGAAAAUCAGUUUACCCCAGCCUCCUUAAGUAAGUAAAUGUUACUCUUUGACAUGGAUGUUAUGACUUAUUGACUGUUGUGAGGAAAAAAAAUGGGAUAUAAAGUAUUUCACAAGUUUGCCUCAAAGCACACUAUUAUGGUGUGACGGAACCUCUGGUAGAAAAAGACUGACUACCGUGCUCACCGUGUAGGUUUUGUGUGGCUGUUCCCAUUGCAAAUAGCAAAGCUCACACCGGAACAAGCCGACUACUGUGGGCAGGGUGGAGAUAGUGUGACAGCUGCAAAGCCGGUCAAACAAAACUGGGUUUUGUUCUCAGAGUUUGGACCUCCAUGAAUAUCAAUACUUCUUGAUGGACGGACACCCCAUGGUGACCCACAGUAACAGAAUUGGCAUUUGUAUUCAGAUAU